UGGACAAAGACGUGAAAAAAUACGUACAGUAUAUAGUCGACCUCAAACAUGUCGAACUUCAAACUGUUUUAUUCAAUUUCAACUUAAUUACACAUAUUUCCACAGACACCUCUUCCAUUACUGAUGACGUUACCUGCAGUUAGUGUUUGUUUGUUUGUUUGUUUAUGGGUGGAUUAAAAAGAGAACACUAUGUGUUUUUCUGCCGGCAGCCUUCUCUCAGCAGACAUGGAACGUACCUUCAUUGCUGUGAAGCCUGAUGGCGUCCAGAGAGGACUGUGCGGCGAGAUCAUCAAGCGCUUCGAGCACAGGGGCUUCAAGUUGAUUGCUGCCAAAUUCUUGCAGGCCUCUGAGGACCACCUGAAGAAGCACUACCUGGACCUGAAGGACAUGCCUUUCUAUGCUGGACUCUGCAAAUACAUGUCUUCUGGACCCAUCCUCGCUAUGGUGUGGGAGGGACAGAACAUUGUGAAGCUUGUCAGGAUGAUGCUGGGUGAGACUGACCCUGCUGAAUCCAAGCCCGGCAGCAUCCGUGGAGACCUGUGCAUCAACAUCAGCAGGAACAUCAUCCAUGGCAGCGACACCCUGGCGAGUGCCAAGACCGAGAUCGAACUUUGGUUCAAGCCCGAGGAGUUCGUGUCUUACACCCAGUGCUCCACACCCUUCCUGUAUGAGUAAACUGUCUAACCACCAACUACACUCAACUCGUCCCACUUCCCCAACCUCUGUCACACAUGUACCCCCUGCAGUUGAUCCUCUGACUUGGUCUU